CCGGCCGGCUGGAAAAGCAGCGGGAGCGGGAGCGGGUCGGGCGGGCGGGCGAGGCGAGCGAGCAUGACGCGAGUCGGGACACGAUCGACGAUUCGGGAUCGGGAUUGGAGAAGAAUUGGAAAUGGCGUUCGUGAGAAGUCAAAUGGGUCGGGGCUUGAGGGCUGGCCGAGCUUUGAUCGAUGUUUGUUGGUUCAAACGAGACAGCAGCGAUGCCGGAGCAAUGAGCAACGAGGUUGCAGUCUACUUCCAGAUUACAGCUCCCUUCCAUUCAAGACUGGACUUCUCCUGAUGGUCUACAGUUCAAGAUCGUCAGAGGCUGUAGUUGCACAGUGGAAAAGACAAAUAAGAGGUGGACUCUUGAGCACAAGUUUUGGUUAUGCCCGACCUUAUGUUGUGACUUAUUUUCGAUGUGGUCUAAACCUCGUCUGUUCCUCCGAGUAUAUGACCUCUUGAUGGACUGUGUGAUCUGGAUUUUUUAAGAGGGAGACCGUUGAGAUACACUCCAGUAUGGGAAGCUAGAACCGUGACCGCACACCUAGCGGAACAUGGACACUAGUUUCUGUUGCACAGUAGUAGUAUUGUCUAACAGAAACCCGAGAGAGGCAUGCAAAUUUACCAUCCUACGAAAUUGAUCAUCGAUGAGAAAGACAGACUGGGCAGAACAAGUUCUACUUCAGAGUCUCUGCCGUUGAGAGAGAAUGUAAUCCGCCUAGGUGCAAGAAACUUGAAGGCACUUGGGAACAGAAGAAGGCGCAAAAAUUCUUUACAAUGGAUGUUUCAAGCUUGCCGUUGGAGCUGGCUUCCGGAACGAAGCACACGCAACCUCUAACAACAGA